UUCCUGGUUUGUGUAGUCCCCGGAAGUAAAUUUCCGCUUUUUGCGCAUGCCCACUUGAAGAGUAUUCAGGGAAAGAUAAUCGAGUUAUCGGAAAGGACAAUAAUUAUCAUUGCAGCUUACACAAAUCUUGAUCAGAAAAAUGGAUGAGGAUGAUGUGAUUUUGGUGCCUGACACACCAAGUCCAUUGACAAAACGUUCCAUACCGGUUCUUCAUAAGCAAAGGCAUGCUGCUAUUCUUGAAGACAACCUACCUGACAUUGAUGAUGAUUCAGAGCGGUCUCCAAGCAAGUUUCACUCAGGAUCUUCCCCAUUCCUUCCUUUGCCGGGACAGUCUGACUUCGCAUUAAGAAGGGCAGAAGCUCUUAAAUCCAAAAAGCAAAAGGAAAAGCUCAAAUCAUCCCCAUUUAAAAGACCCAAAGUAAAUAUUGCUAGUACAUGUACUUUUAAUAAUUCCUACGGAGACUCAAAAAUGAAGUCAGCUGGGGAGCUUUCUGAUAGUAAUAUGAAUAGGCCCGUUAAUGGGUUUGUAAAAAGUUCAACUCUAAUUUCACCAACAAAACUUUCUAUUCAUAUGAAAAAAUCAACACCCGAAGCUGUGGAUAAUUCUUCAACUUUAAUUUCACCAAUGAAAAUUUCCAUUCGAAUGAAGAAUUCUGCCCCCAAAGCAGUUGAUAAUUACUCUUCUGCUGCAAACGAAGUAAAUGGUACCAGUAAAAGAAAAAUAGAUAAAUCAAUAUUUUUGUCAAAAGAAACGAUGAGAAGAAAGAAACCAAAACAGUCAUAUGGCUGGCCAAGCUCAAGCUCAGAAUCAGACUCGGAUAAUGAAAUACUUAGCUUGUUAAAACAUAAAACAGUUACCAAGAAAAGAAAAGCUCCACCAGCUUUUAUUCCUAGUGACUGUGCAGUGCCAAAGUCUUAUAGUUUGCCUCAUAGUAGCUCAGAUUCCUUGAUGUGUGAGAGGACAUCCACUAUUACUUCAUGCAGUGACCCAUUGGUGUCAGUUUUGCCUUUAAACUUAGACACAUGUACGCCAACAAAGUCAGCAACGGGUCCAAACCAUCUUGUGUCUAUAUCGCCCAUAUUCAGUGCUCGGCCAGCAGUUAGGGCUCGGAGGCUGGAAAAGAAAUCGAAGGAGUCUUCAGGUGCUAUUGGUAGAAGAAAAAGGGUAUCUACCAGAGCCUCCUCAACAGCAAGUUCUGUACCACAAGACCAUCCCUUGGGAAGGGUAGAUGACCACGCAACUAUAGACUUAACUGGAUCGGUUUCAGUGACACCGAAAACAAAGGCAGCUCUUGAUCAGAUCAGGCAGCAUGAGAGUGAUGAAGCUAUGGCCAAGAGACUACAGGAAGAGAUGGAUAGGGAAUACGCCAUAGCUCUGCAAGAUACAACCAGCAGUCAUGAACCUGUUCCAAAUGAGACAUUCGACCCCAUGUUCGCCUUAUCCCCACCCUCUGAGCUCCAGACGGGGGCCACAGGGGGCCAUGAAUGGCACAUGUACUCUCCUGUACGGCCACGCUCCAGGAACUCUAGACAGAGGGGUGGUACCCAUAGGGAGCCAGUCACCAGAUUGCUUCAGUCAUCAGCUACUAAUGAACUUCUUGAGCUUAUAGGGAACUUUGAGAGAACAGUUCAACAUCAGAGACGUGGGCAUGGCCGUCAGCGAAGACAUGGUUUGGGAAACAUCUUCCUUGCCAGUCCUAAUGGUCAAGGAAAUGAUUAUGAGGACUUGAUGCGGCUUGCUGAGACACUGGGAGAAGUGAAAGACAAGGGCUUAACUAAGGGGGAGUGUUGUCGACUACCUGUGGUCUCAUACAGACGGACAGACUCCCAGGAAGAGUGCAAUAUUUGUAUGUCCGAGUAUGAGGAGGGUGACCCCCAGAAAAUUCUGCCCUGCUUCCAUUCCUUCCAUUCUGUCUGCAUUGACCAGUGGAUCUGUAAAAAUGCAACAUGUCCCAUUUGCCGUGUGGAAGUGAAAGUGACCUCGUAAUGAAGGAUACUGAACCAUUUGUACAUUGAUCAAAGAUGUUUUCACUGAACUCACAUUUGAUUGUUUUGUAUAAUAAAUUGUUUCAAGUCAAUGUAUCCCGGUUAACAGAUAUUUUAUAACUAUUCUGUUUGAUAAUAGGUUAUAAAGCAAGUUUUUCAAAAAUACUUAAAUGUAAAAAUUAUGUUCACUGGUUCACAAAGUCUUUUUUAUGUAACAGGAUUUUGUUAUUAGUUACAAUUCUGCUAGUUCAAGAAAACGUCACAAGUGGGAAGUCCAUGAUCUCAAAGAGAAUAAGCAUGUCAUUUUAAAUUUCGCUGGACAAAAAUUGUAGUUGCUAAGGAAACAGAAAUGUUGUGAAUGUCCUUCUGGAAAACAUGCCGGCCAUGGUUUAUGAAGUAAGCAUGCUGGUUUUAUUGUGUGGCCAGAAAAAGCAACAUAUUUUAGGUAUUACUUUAGGCCGUGUUGAUUAGUUCUUCACAUGUGCUUAGGAAACGAAAAGGGAAAUAUAAGUUUCUGUUAUAAACAACAAAAAUUAUUAUUGCUAUGGCAAAGGAAAUAUUAAAAAAAUACCUAGCAAAGUCAGAAGGUACUACGGUUAGGGUUAUAAAAGAGAUCAUAAUAUGGAGGUUAUGCCAUUUGCUUACAAAAAAAACCCAACAAGUGUAGAUUAUACUAUAAAACAUAAGUAUCAUGUUUCAUUUAAAAAAUAAUCAAAAUACCAAACAGUUGAUUGUUUGUGUGUUGAGCAAACAGUUGGGGUUGAUAUAGCAAAAAAAAAUAUGCUAGUAAUUUCUGAUUAUUUUCAGCUGUCAUAAACUGCUAUUGUAAUAUUGUUUUGCUAGCAAAGCUAAAAGAUGUGAGUUAUUGUCAUAUUAUUGGUGUUGAAGCCAUCAUCGUCAUAGUAGUGCAAAAACUUCAAUAACUAAUAAUCACUAUUAACUAUUGAGUUAUGGCCCUUUUCAAGGAAAGACUGUUGGCUUUCACUCUGCAAGCCUUUUAUCUUGGUAAGUUAUCGUUCUCAUGAAGCUGUUUAUUGUGUACUGUCAACUCCACUGUACAAGUUCUUAGAGGUUUCAUGCUGGGAUUAUUCAGGAAAUAGAACUUUGUAUGUUUGUUCUGAACUUCCACUGUCAUGUUUCUUUAUAAUGUUGUAUAAAUUAUUUCACAAAUUUAUUUUUGUUUCAUAAAAUUAUCUUUCUUUUUUUCUUUUUUUAUUUGCCUUCAGAGAACUGAUCUUUUCAAGUUUUUUAAGUUAAGCUAGUAUUGCCAUUAUGUUUCAUUUAUAAUGUUAUAUAAAUUAUUUCACAUUUUUUUUGUUUCAUAAAAUAAUCGUUUUUGUUUUGCCUUCAGAGAACUGAUCUGGUCAAGUUUUUAAAACUUGAGCUAGUAUUGCCAUAAUCUUUCAUUUAUAAUGUUGUAUAAAUUAUUUAAGUUUUUAAACUUGAGCUAGUAUUGCCAUUAUCCUUAACUAUCCAUUGGGUAGAAAUAAGAUUUUUGUUCAACAAUUUGUUUGUACGAACACAUGUAUAUAAAUACCAAAUUAUGCUACUCAGGUUUAAUGAAUAAUAAGUGAGGAGUCAUUUUUGAGUGUUGUGAAAGCAACAUAAGUGUUACUGUAUUUUGUAAAUACAUGUACUGAUAUAAUUAAGUCUGAGUCAGUUUGGUAUUGUUCUAAAUUUUAAUAUAUGAUACUUCAAAUACCACUUGAUUUACCUCCUACUGGUAAUUCAUUACUUGAGAUAGCUACCUGAACUGAUUGUGAUUUUAUGCACAAAUGUAUAUUGUAUAAAUGAUUAUAUGUACACAAAUAUAUUAAAUUACUUAGAAUUUAGAAGAUAGCUUGUAACUUCUUUCAUUUAAUUGUUUGACAAAUAUUUAAAAUUGAUUCUUUGAAAGCAUCUUAGCAAAAAUGUGAUAUAAACGGUUCUUAAACUGUUUAGAUACAGGAAUUUAAAUGACUACUUAUUCAUAAUGCAUGACUACUUAAAGAAUAAAAGCAUGUUCCUUGUACAUAAAAAAACAUGGUGCAUUCCAUGAAGCGGGAGCAGACACAUGAUGUCAGUCAUGUUAAUGUACACAACUUUAUAAUUAAAUAUUUGUACAGAGUCAGAUUCAUGAGGGCGUCACACCAUUUUUGUAUGCCGCAGGGCAGGGGGAAUGUGGACACCCUCAUAAUUACAAACAAUAAUGUGAAUCAAACUAUGUAUGUUGAAAAUAAACGUUAACACUA